AUGGCGAGGAGCGCGCGGGACUGCCUGCUGGCGUGCCUGGAGAACUUGAGCGAGGCCGAGAUGAGGAGGUUCAAGGCCAAGCUGAACGGGAUCCGCGUGCGCAGGGGCAACGAGAACAUCCCCCGAGGGAAGCUGCAGGAGGCGGAGACGCUGGACCUGACGAACAUGCUGGUCAGCUUCUACACCGAGAAGUACGCCGUGCAGCUGACCGCCAAGGUGCUGAAGGCCAUCAACUGCAAGGACCGCGCCGAGGAGCUCCUGAUCGCCACCGGGAACAUUCGACGGCUCAAUGGCGGGGAACUCUGCUUACGGAGCAAAGAGGCGGCGGGUCCUCCUCCACUCCCCGAGGGCCCUGGGUCAGUCGGGUUCCCAGGGCAGCUGUGGGCCAGCCUCCACCGCCCUUUUUCUCUUUCUUCCUCCAGCGCUGCUGCCGGCGAGACCAGCCGGGAAAGGACGCGCAGCCCCCCGAGGAUCGCUCGCAGCCCAGAGAGGACGCGCAGCCCCCCGAGGAUCGCUCGCAGCCCAGAGAGGACGGGCAGCCCUCCGAGGAUCGCUAGCAGCCCAGAGAGGACGGGCAGCCCUCCGAGGAUCGCUCGCAGCCCAGAGAGGACGGGCAGCCCCCCGAGGAUCGCUCGCAGCCCAGAGAGGACGGGCAGCCCUCCGAGGAUCGCUAGCAGCCCAGAGAGGACGCGCAGCCCCCCGAGGAUCGCUAGCAGCCCAGAGAGGACGGGCAGCCCUCCGAGGAUCGCUAGCAGCCCAGAGAGGACGCGCAGCCCCCCGAGGAUCGCUCGCAGCCCAGAGAGGACGGGCAGCCCUCCGAGGAUCGCUAGCAGCCCAGAGAGGACGGGCAGCCCUCCGAGGAUCGCUAGCAGCCCAGAGAGGACGGGCAGCCCUCCGAGGAUCGUUAGCAGCCCAGAGAGGACGCGCAGCCCCCCGAGGAUCGCUAGCAGCCCAGAGAGGACGCGCAGCCCCCCGAGGAUCGCUAGCAGCCCAGAGAGGACGGGCAGCCCCCCGAGGAUCGGUAGCAGCCCAGAGAGGACGCGCAGCCCCCCGAGGAUCGCUAGCAGCCCAGAGAGGACGCGCAGCCCCCCGAGGAUCGCUAGCAGCCCAGAGAGGACGCGCAGCCCCCCGAGGAUCGCUAGCAACCCAGAGAGGACGGGCAGCCCCCCCGAGGAUCGCUAG